CACACGCACGCUUUCCCUUCUCUCUCUCUGGCUCGCUCGCUUUGCGCAUUCAUCCGUCCCUCCAUUCCUUCGUCGUCGUCAAGAUUCUCGAAGCCGGCUUCGCUCGCCGUCGCCGUUCCGAUUGGCCAAUCCCCCGUUGCCCAAUCUCGUCCCCGUGCCACCCCCCCGUCUCGAGAGUUCCGGCGGCGCUGUGGGGGGUGGAGCUUCCGGUUGCGGCGGUUUGCGGCGGCCCCGACGGGUUUUGCGGCAAAAGCCCUAGUGCUCUGCUCCGCGGCCGAGGAAGCUUGCGAUUGAAAUAGGGAUUUGCUUCUGGUGUUCUCGGGUUGCUUUGUGGGAAGGAGCUGAAAUCGGCGAAGUGGGGAAGUGGCGCACUGAGGAUCGCGAGUAUGGGCUCUGAGAGGCAGUCCAUGGGUCUCCUGGACACGCUGAAAAUGGAGCGAAUGAGGACUAUUCUGACGCACACGUAUCCCUAUCCUCACGAGCAUUCGAGGCACGCUAUAAUUGCUGUAGUCGUCGGUUGCCUAUUCUUCAUAUCUUCGGACAAUAUGCACACUCUGAUUGAGAAGUUGGAUAACAACGUCAAGUGGUGGUCUAUGUAUGCUUGCUUGGUUGGUUUCUUCUAUUUCUUUUCGACUCCGUUCGUUGGGAAGACGAUCAAGCCCAGUUAUUCGAAUUUUAGCAGAUGGUACAUUUUGUGGAUUUUUGUGGCGGCUCUGUAUCAUCUUCCCAGUUUUCAGUCAAUGGGAGUGGAUUUGAGGAUGAAUUUGUCUUUAUUUUUGACAAUUUAUGUCUCCUCUAUUUUAUUCCUUAUUGUCUUCCAUAUCAUAUUCCUCGGUCUUUGGUAUAUUGGACUUGUAUCUCGUGUGGCUGGAAGAAGGCCGGAGCUCUGGACCAUUCUACAGAAUUGUGCGGUUCUAAGCAUUGCCUGCUGUGUAUUUUAUAGUCACUGCGGCAACCGUGCUAUUUUGAAGCAAAGGCCGUUUGAGCGAAAAAGUUCUGGUUGGUUUCCUCUUUGGAAGAAAGAAGAAAGGAACACAUUGAUCUCGAAAUUCCUUCGGAUUCACGAGUUUAAGGACCAGAUUUGCUCAUCUUGGUUUGCACCGGUUGGGUCUGCGAAUGAUUAUCCACUCUUAUCGAAGUGGGUCAUAUACGGGGAGGGCUCGGGCUCUUCUGAUGAAAUUUCUCCUUUAUACUCGUUAUGGGCAACCUUUAUAGGCCUUUAUAUUGCCAAUUAUGUUGUGGAAAGGUCAACAGGGUGGGCUCUCUCUCACCCUUUAUCAGUUGAAGAAUAUGAAAAGUCGAAGGAAAAGCAAAUGAAACCAAACUUUUUGGACAUGGUUCCCUGGUAUUCUGGAACUUCAGCUGAUCUUUUUAAGACAAUGUUUGACCUCCUAGUGUCAGUAACAGUCUUUGUUGGCCGUUUUGACAUGCGCAUGAUGCAGGCAGCAAUGAACAAGGUCGAAGAUGGAGUUGAGCAGGAUUUUCUCUACGAUCACUUCAGUGAAAAAGAUAAUUUUUGGUUUGAUUUCAUGGCUGAUACUGGUGAUGGUGGGAACUCUUCUUACAGCAUUGCACGGCUAUUGGCUCAGCCUUCACUUAAUGUGACGACCAGUGAUUCUACGCUUUGCUUACCACGAGGGAACUUGCUUCUCAUUGGGGGUGAUCUUGCAUAUCCAAAUCCGUCUGCAUUUACUUACGAAAAGAGGUUCUUUCGUCCUUUUGAGUGUGCUCUUCAGCCUCCACCUUGGUACAAACUAGAGCAGAUCGCUGUGAACAAGCCUGAAAUUCCAUCAGGGUUAUCUGAGCUAAAGCAAUAUGAUGGGCCCCAGGCUUUCCUAAUUCCUGGAAAUCAUGAUUGGUUUGAUGGACUUCAUACUUUCAUGAGGUACAUAUGUCAUAAGAGUUGGUUAGGUGGGUGGUUGAUGCCUCAGAAAAAGAGUUAUUUUGCUUUGCAACUCCCCAAAAAUUGGUGGGUAUUUGGCCUUGAUCUGGCACUCCAUGGCGAUAUUGAUGUGUACCAAUUUAAAUUCUUCUCAGAGCUGGUAAAGACGAAGGUUGGGGAUGAGGAUUCAGUUAUCAUACUGACACAUGAACCUAACUGGCUUCUCGAUUGGUACUGGAAUGAUGUUUCUGGAAAGAAUUUCACUCAUUUGAUAUGUGAUUAUUUGAAGGGAAGAUGUAAACUUCGAAUUGCUGGGGACUUGCAUCAUUAUAUGCGUCACUCAUAUGUACCUUCAGAUGGGCCAGUUUAUGUGCAACAUCUACUUGUGAAUGGUUGUGGUGGGGCAUUUUUACAUCCAACCCAUGUAUUUGGGAACUUCAAGGAAUAUUGUGGAACUACUUAUGAGACCAACGCUUCUUAUCCGUCUUUUGAAGAUUCUAGCAGGAUUGCUUUGGGGAAUAUCUUGAAAUUUAGGAAGAAAAACUGGCAAUUUGAUAUUAUUGGUGGUAUUAUCUACUUUGUACUGGCUUUUUCUAUGUUCCCACAAUGUAAGCUCAAUCACAUGUUACAAGGUGACUCCGUUUCUGGUCAUUUGAAGAGCUUUUUUGUCACUGUAUGGGCUGCUUUCAAGUACUUGCUGGAGCAGUCUUAUGUAUCACUAGCAGGUGCUUUGCUAUUGCUAAUUGUAUCUGUCACAUUUGUACCAUCAAAAGUGUCGCGGAAGAAACGAGUGAUGAUUGGUGUACUUCAUGUUUCUGCACACUUAACUGCUGCACUAAUUCUUAUGCUACUGAUGGAACUGGGUGUAGAGACCUGCAUCAGGCAUAAACUUUUGGCGACUUCAGGUUAUCACACAUUGUACCAGUGGUACCGAACUGUAGAGAGUGAGCACUUUCCAGAUCCAACAGGCCUUCGAGCUCGUAUUGAACAAUGGACAUUGGGUCUAUAUCCUGCUUGCAUCAAAUAUCUCAUGUCCGCCUUCGAUGUCCCGGAGGUCAUGGCUGUAUCAAGGACAAACAUUUGCCAGGGGGGAAUGGAAUCAUUGUCACGUGGCGGUGCAACGAUAUAUUAUGCUUCUGUGUUUCUCUAUUUCUGGGUCUUUUCCACUCCUGUUGUCUCUCUAGUUUUUGGAAGCUACUUAUACAUUUGCAUUAACUGGCUUCAUUUACACUUCGAUGAGGCCUUCUCCUCACUUCGAAUUGCUAAUUACAAGGGAUUUACACGAUUCCACAUAAACAGGGAAGGUGAUCUUGAAGUCUAUACCCUAGUAGUCGAUAAGGUUCCAAAGGAAUGGAAGCUGGAUCCUGAUUGGGAUGGAGAAACAAAACAGCCACAGCAGUUAAGCCACCUUAGGAUGUUUCCUAGUAAGUGGAGUUCUGCAGCUCCCUUACAAGACCCGGUAAAAACAGUAAGAAUUGUUGACCAUUUUGUCAUAAAUCGGACGGUGAAAACUCAUUCAGAAGCCUGUAAUGGGUCAGUGAAUAGCUGAUGAUCAUCACUCAGUUGGGUAUAAAAUUCCAAUACCUCUCAUUCACGAGGCAAAGGCAAGGGAUUUGGUCUUACACAGGAGCUGUGUGAAAUCUAUAUGUCUCAUACCAUGUAGAUUUUGCCAGUAUGAUAUGAGGUGCUUCAACUCUGGCAUGUGCUCUCCACAUUUUCGGUUGUCCUGGCAUGAGAGAGAACAUAAUCGAGGCUGCCCUAGCUUGAGACAAGAACAUGGUCAAGAGAGUGAAUCUUGAAUUGAUUUCAUGACUCUUUGAUCGAAUCAAAAUCAGUGAUGGAUAUUUGCCGCUUUGCAUCUGACACUUGAUGAGAUUUUGAGUCACCCAUUUAGGCGACACUUGCAACAGCAAAGGUGACUACAACUUAUUAGGUACUCUUUUAGUUCUUUAUUAGAAGUAGAUUCUGGUAAAAUUGUACAUAAGAAUGUUCACAGUUGUGAUUCCUUUGGUAGAGAUGGACUAGUUGAAGGUUCGCCUCUGCUGUUAGCACACUAAUGCAAUCUGUAAAGAAAAUAUCAAACCAUUAUUCUGUAAUUGUUCUUUAGAUGGGAUGGCGCUACGAUGUAAUAUUUGAUCAAGGAAUGAUAUCAAUGUACCAUUGGAUUCUGCUCAA